CGCCUGACGUUUCUCCAGCGUUGAUCAAUAAAAUGAAUGGCUUCAAAUGCCAUGAAUAAUGAGCGAGAAGUAUUAUCCUCGUCGUGACGCAUGGUAACGGCGUUCUCGAUCCUCUCCGCUCCGCUCAUCCAGUGUCUUCAACUAGUGGCGUCGCGUAUCUGAGUCGUCGAAGACGUUGCAGAAAGGAAAGCAGUAGAAGACGAAGGAGCGAGUAAGAAUCGAAGUGAAUUAUAAAUGCCAAAGCACAGAUUCGUGCGGCCAAGGAGCAGGACGAUGAUGAACGACUUGGAGGAUGUCACCGGAGACGUGACGGUGGUGGACGUCUACGACAUAGCUUCAGAGAUUGGGAAGGAAUGCGAGAAGAUCAUCGACCAGUACGGAGCGGAGGCCGUGACCGUUCUCCUGCCGAAGGUGAUCAACGCCUUGGAGCUGCUGGAGAGCCUUGCCCAACGUAACGAGAGGGAGAACACCCAGCUGUACGAGCUUCAGGCGAAGAUCUCGCAACUGGAGAACGACAAGAUCGAGAAGGCCGAGUAUCGACAGAAAUUCGAUCAGGAGUUGGAGGCGAUCGAAGAUCAAUGGCGUUCGGAAUCCAAAGAGCUCGUGGCUCUGGUUUCGCGGCUUCAGGGGGAGAACAGGAGGUUGGUGAAGGAGCACGAGAACAGCCAGCAUUACGAACCUCGUUCUCCUACCGAAGUCAUCUGCGACGGGGCGAUGCUGCAGAGGUUGAAGGCCACUUUGGAGAAGCAGCGCGACGAAAUCAGGACCAAGGAUAAGGCCAUACAGGAUAAGAGCUGCGACAUAGACACGUUGAGGUCGCAGGUCGACAGGUUGACGGGCAUCAGUAGGGAGUUGCGUAGGAAGCACAAGGUUCUUCAGAAUCAGGUGAGGAAUUUGUGCGACGAGAGAGCAGAUUUCCUGGUGCAGCUGCAGGAUCAGCAUCGCGAUGUUACAGCUUUGAGGCAGAGGCUCGGAUUGGCCGAAAAGGAGAACGAGGAUCUAUCUAAAUGCGAUACGCCUGUUCCGAGCAACAAGGCCGUUUACGAUUUGGACGAUCCAAAUAGACCGCGCUUCACCACAGCCGAACUGAAAGAUAUACUGAACGAGAGGAACGAGUUGAAGGCGAGGGUGAGCGAUCUGGAGGACGAGUUGGAUACGUACAGGCCCAAAGAAAAAGUCGAGACUCCUAGCAGUCAGUCAGAUGCGUUCAUUGAGACACACGAGGACGCGUGCAGUGUAGUAUUCAACACGAUGGCUAGCAGCCUCAUAGCCUCGACAAUAUUCUCCGAGCCAUUGAACGAGGACGCUCCGGUGCAAGGUCCGCUUCCGUACGAGCCGGACGACGCUCCGUGGAAGAAAUCCUCAGAGUCGGGAAUCAGGAAAUUCUUUCGCAAGAUAUUCUCCGAGAGCAGCGGAAGUGGCGGCGGUUUUCAUCGCCGUAGCAUAUCCACGCUAUCUAAGAUGGCUCUAUCGGCGACCACCGAACCUAUACCAGUUUAACGUGGACACGAGCUUCUUCCUCUUCUACUUCUUCCACUUGGACAAGCAACAAACAAACUUUAUAAUGCAAAACACGAGCACAAUAUUAUCUCGGCACAGCAGCAAUUGGAUGGGCUCCUCCACGAAUCUCCACGAUUUUUUUUUGUUUGUUUGUUUUUAAAAGAAUUCAUAAAGCGUGCUCCGAGUUUUCGUUUGUUUUGUUUUGUUUUGUUUUUGGAAACGACUUGUGCAGAAAUUAUACUUUUAAAUUGUUUUCUUGUGUGCGUCGAUUUUAUUAUAUUUUCUAUCAAAACAUUCGAUUACUAAUUGUACGCUUCAGCCAUCUAAAACGAAAGCUUUAUCGAAUUGAACAGUCAUGUUUUAAAUGAUAAUAUUCAUCAUUAUUAUUAUUAUUAUUA